UGGUACCAGUAUGUGAGCAGGGGAUAUCCUUUGGUUUAUGAUAAUUGGUACCCUAGAGAUGUAAUUGAAAUGUAUAGAGGAAGAACCCAUGUAUACACUUCCACAUAUAAAAAAUCAUGCACUCUAGWGAUURAACRUGUGAACUGGAACGACCACAGACAAAAGCUUUAUCCUUGGGUGGAUCCAGAAAAUGUUKGGAAAAGCACAYACGCAUUCUAUGACACAACUGUAACAAUUGAAGUAAUUGGACAGCCACARCCACCACAGAUUAUGAUCUUCGGUGAAAGAAAAGUUGGAAAUUCUGUAACAGUGCAAUGUUCUGCUCGACACACAUGCUCCACCCGUCCACCAACUCUUAGCUUCAACAUCGCAAUGAAAGACAACAAAGUUACCCACACUGAGCUAUCUGAGGGCACUUCUAAAACUACUUUAACAGCUACUUUAGUCUUAGAGAGAGACUUUCAAGUUGUUGAGUGCACUGUCAAGCACCCAGGUGGUAAAACGGCAACAACAUCUGAAACCUUAACUGCACAAUGCUCCAUUUUCCCACUGAGCAUUAGCUCUAUGUCAUCUGAAUAUCUAGAAGGAGUUGCAAGCCAGGUAACAUGUGAAGCUUCAUACACUUGCUCCAACAAUACACCAGUUCUCACAUGGAACUACGCUAACAUGCCAGUUACCGGAGAUAUUAAAUCCUCUGGGAGUUUGAGGGAAACUGUUUCCACAUUGACAUUUACAGCAUCAGCUAAAGACAAUGGAAACUAUCUGACAUGUUCUGCAAGAUUUCCUGGAGGACAGACCGAGCAGAAGAGCACGACCAUACGGGUAAAACGAAACAUGCUCAAUCUGGAUUGGUCUUUCACUACUCCAGGAAGCGUAACAGGAAUGAAAGGGUCAUGUGUCAUCAUUCCUUGCAAGUUUUCCUAUCGCAAAGCCCAACCAAAUGGCCUCCAAGUUGUCUGGUACUUGUACCAAAGUAAUGGACGUGCAGACGUAUUCAACCAAAAACAGUCAAAUAUUUUAAGCAGAUAUAAAGGGAUAACACAUUUGGCUGGCUCUGUGUCAGACAGCAAUUGUAGUCUUAAAAUAGAUCGGCUGGAUAUGUCUCACAAUGAGGAUAAACUCUAUCCAUGGGUUGAUAUCAACCCAAUUACCUCCUACCAUGCACAGGGACACUCAUUUUUGGAUAAAAGCACCAAAAUUAUGGUUUCAGGUAAGAACAUAUAUAUGUUUAUGUAUAUCCUUUUCAUGCAUUAAGUAUGAUCCUUUGUGUUAGGAUUUUUUUCCAAAUUUCUUU